AAUCGAAGCUUGGAUGAUUAUCAAGGCAUGGUAAACAUCAUUCAGGUUCAAGAGAAGCUUAGUUGAGGUCAUUUGCACGGAAUUACACUGUUUGCAUCAAAAUCGCAUAAUUCUGCCGCAAUUUGUAGCAAACUGAUAUGUCGUGUUAUUUUAGGUUAUUUUUAGUGAUGUUCACAUUUUUUGUAUUAUUUUUGGGCUGAACAUUCGCUUAUUUGAAGCCUAAUUCGUGGUUAUUAGGUUUCAAUCAUGUCAAGCGGUGAUGACAAAUCAACCACUAGAGGCCACCAGGUGGAUGAAUCCUUCAUGCUUAAAGCAAUGCAACAACAAUUUCAGAGGAAUGAUGCUAAUGAUGAUUUCGAUGAUGAUUAUAAAGAUGCAUUCAACAAUGACGCCCAGAACUCAAAUUUUAGCAUGGACAGAUUUAUAAGAGGUAGAGGGGGUCAAAUAUAUAGAUUUAACAAAGGAGACCAAAAUCUGGCAAGGUGGGGAGAUCGACAAGACCAUGACUUAGGCAGCAUCAAGAUGAAGAUUCCUCCGUUUCAAGGCAAAAAUGAUCCAGAUGUUUAUUUGGAGUGGGAAAAAAAGCUUGUGCUUAGUCGACGUAAAAAUCGAGAGCAUCCUAUUGACACUUGGGAAGAGAUGAAAGCUGUGAUGAGAAAACGAUUUGUUCCUAAUCACUACUACCGUGAUCUCUAUCAGCGAUUGCAGGGCCUUACUCAAGGGUCCAAAAGCAUUGAGGAUUAUCACAAAGAGAUGGAAAUCGCAAUGGUUAGGGCGAAUGUGGAAGAGGACAGAGAAGCAACUAUGGCACGGUUUCUACAUGGCUUAAAUCGUGAUAUAGCUAAUAUGCACACGAUGAUCUUGAGAGAAGAUGGAGAAAUUGAAACCAAUGGUGAAUCUAAUGAUGAAUCUAUGCCACAAUUAGAAGAUGCUGAUGAUGGCAUGGAAUAUGCUGUUGAUGGAGAAUUACUUGUGACUAGGCAUGCUUUGAAUGUUCAAGCCAAAGAAGAUGAUGAAGUACAACGUGACAAUAUAUUUCACGAGCAUCUAAGGCCAUAUAAGCUGCAAUGGUUAAACGAUUAUGGAGAAAUCAAGGUAAAUAAGCAAGUUCUAGUUUCAUUCUCUAUCGGACGAUAUAAGGAUGAGGUAUUGUGCGACGUGGUUCCCAUGCAUGCUAGACAUUUACUUUUGGGGAGCCCAUGGCAAUAUGAUAGGAGAGUAACACAUGAUGGCUUCAAAAAUAGCUAUUCGUUCAUCAUGGAAGGGAAAACAAUUACUCUUGUGCCGUUGAGUCCAAGGCAGAGAGAAAACAGCAAAGAAAGAGUUAAAAAAGAGAGAAAAUCAGUGAGUGUUUAUGCAAAAGAAAGUGAUGUCAAGGUUGCGUUCUUUGCAAAGCAGCCUAUGUUUGUGCUUCUGUAUAAAGAUGCUUAUUUCAAUACUAAAGAACUUAAUGAUUCUUUGCCUAGUGUUGUUAAAUCUCUUUUGCGGGACUUCAAGGACGUGUUUCUAAAAGACAUCCCUAAUAAUGGUUUACCACCAAUAAGAGGAAUUGAGCAUCAGAUUGACUUCAUUCCAGGUGCAACAAUUCCGAACCGACCAGCAUAUCGAAGCAACCCUAAUGAGACAAAAGAACUUCAAAAGCAGGUUGAAGAACUCAUGAAGAAGGGGCAUGUGAGACAAAGCAUGAGUCCAUGUGCAGUUCCAGUGCUACUUGUGCUCAAGAAGGAUGGGACUUGGCGUAUGUGCGUUGAUUGUCGUGCUGUCAACAAAAUCACUAUCAAGUAUCGUCACCCUAUUCCUAGAUUAGAUGACAUGUUAGAUGAACUGCAUGGUUCUUGCAUAUUCACUAAAAUUGAUUUAAAAAGUGGGUAUCAUUAGAUUAGGAUGAAGGAAGGUGAUGAAUGGAAAACAGCCUUUAAAAUGAAACAUGGUUUAUAUGAGUGUUUAGUUAUGCCAUUUAGAUUAACUAAUGCACCAAGUACAUUCAUGCAAUUAAUGAAUCAUGUUUUGCGUGCUUUCAUUGGCAAAUUUAUGGUUGUUUAUUUUGAUGACAUUCUGAUAUAUGGUAAGAGUUUACAUGAUCAUAUUGAGCAUUUGCAAAUGGCACUUGAGGUUCUGAGAAAAGAAAAGUUGUUUGCUAAC